AUGCAGAGAGUCGGCGUCUCCAAGGUGAAUGCGGAAGUAAGCACGCCCCCAUGGAAUCGCUCGUGGAGCACCUUCAGCGCUUCUCCGAGCUUCUGGCCGUCUCCCGCACGACCCACGUCAGCACCUGGGACCCCGCAACCGUGCGCAGGGCCUUGCAGUGGGCUCGCUACCUGCGCCACGUCCAUAGGCGCUUUGGCCGCCAUGUUCGCAUUCGCACGGCUCUGGAGCGGCGGCUGCAAAACCAGUGGAGACAGGAGGGCGCGUCUGGGUCCGCUCCAGUCCCCGGGUUGACGAACUUCCAGGCCCUGGGGCGCGGUGACCUCCUGCUGUCUCUGCGCCUGCUGGAGAACCGGGCCCUCGGGGAUGCCGCCUAUCACUACCUGCUGCAGCAGCUCUUUCCGGGCCCGGGCGUCCCGGAUCCCGACGAGGAGGCGCUCCAAGGCAGCCUGGCCCGCCUCGCCCGCUGCCGCUCCGCCGUCCAGUUGCUGCGUUUCAGCGGCCCCGGCGAGAAGUCGGCGCUCGAGGACCCAGUGCUGAAGACCCAGGCGGAGCUGCUGCUGGAGCGUCUGCGGGAGGUGCCGAAGGCCGAGGCCGAGGGCCCCAGCAGGUUUCUCAGCACUCUGUGGGACCGCUUGCCGCAGAACAACUUUCUGAAGGUCCUAGCGGCCGCGCUGUUGCUUCCCCCGUCGUCUCCCCGGCCCCAGGGAGAAGAGUUGGAGCCGGGCACCCCCCAAACGCCCGGAGACAGGUCUCAGGAGCUGGUCUGUUGGCUUUUGGCGAAAUCGGAUGCCCUGGCCGCCUUUUGCCGCAGCCUCCCGGUCGGGCUUCUAACUUCGGUGGCAGGCCGCCACCCCGCGCUCUGCCGGGCCUAUCUGGGUCUGCUUACAGACUGGGGUCGGCGUCUGCACUACGACCUCCCGAAGGGCACUUGGGUUGGAGCUGAGCCCCAACACGUGUGCUGGGAGGAGCUGUACGGCCGGUUUCAAAGCCUCUGCCGGGCCCCUCCGCCUCUGAAAGACGAAGUUCUAACUGCCCUGGAGGCCUGUAAGGCGCAGGAUGGAGAUUUCCAAGUUCCGGGUGUCAGCAUCUGGACAGACCUGUUGCUAGCCCUUGGGAGUGGGUCAUGAUCUUGCUUUUGGGGGGCGGGGCGGGGGAGUUUUCGGUCUCAGCCCAGGCCCCAGUUCACUAUGGGCAGUGUUGUGUUAUUAUUUAUAUGUAUGGUUUACAAAAUUAAAAUUCCAGUGCUUGCACCAGAUCUCUACCGUCUUGUGUCCAAAAUAUUAUUUUGGGUGCUAAUUUGUACUAGGCGGAAUUAUAAUUUACAAUUAUAAUUUGUGAAGGAACUGGUUUGUACUGUCAUGGCUUUUGUGGGUAGAGGAGGGAUGUUGGAAGUAUCCUACUUAAAGCCAUGAGAUUAACAAUAGUUUGCUUAUUAGAAGGCCCCUUUCUAAGAAUGCUGGAAAGAUGUGUACGUUUCAAAGUGACAAAACACCUUUUUUUCCUGUCAGUAUGGCUUAGGUUUCCCCCCACCCACCCCUGAGUGGUGAAGAGUUUUCUUUAACCAACAACCUGUGUUGUCAAAAAACCUGUAGAUUGGAAAAGCUAACUGGCCUAUUUGGAGUUUAAGCCCUGGACUUUGGCCUUUUUAAUCUAAUAUCCUAAUCAACUCACCAGCCUCAAUCUGUAUUAAAAUUCUGUUGUUCAACAAGUUUGUUUUUAUUUCUGCAAAUCACUACUCUCAAAUUCAGAGACCAAACUUUUUUUUUUUUUUAACCAAAAAGUACUUUAAAGCAGUGACUUAAGGAUGAGAAAAAAAUUGCUCAAAGUGUAGUAAAUACAAAUACAUACACUUGGAUUUAGCAUUUGAUGGUAAAAGAAACCAAAUGUGAAUUAGAAGACCCAGGUUUUACUGUUUCAGCCAUUGACUAGAUCAAUAAAUCACAAUCUUGGUGCUACAGUUGCCUCAUAUGUUAAACAAAGUGCUUUAAUAGUUAAGUUUCCUCAUUUUUUCCUUAGUGGCUGCCCAAUGAGGACUGUUAAGAAUAUUUGUCUCCUGUGUGCAGGAACCUAAUUUUGUGAGUUUACCCAGAUGCUCCACAACUGGCAGAGUGAUUCCCAAUCACCAAAUUUAAGAGUGUUUUAUUAGGGGGAUAUAACUUUGCAUUCAUUAAGAUUUUUUUUGUCCCUACCCAAGUAGGUUGGUAGCAAGAUUUUUUGGAAAACAUAGGGAUAUUCAGAAAGUUAAUUUCUAACUUCAGAAAUGGAGUUAGAAUGAGUUGAAUAAUGCAGAAUUUUUAACUCUAUAGUAGAACUUGGAGUAAGCUACUGUUCUACUAGCAUGUACACUUUUUUUUUUUUUCAUAGAUAAUCCUGGGUUAACAGUAGCAAGUUCUUUUUUCCUGUGGUCUGAUUCCUUUUUCUACCUCUAAUCCAUGUAGACCUGUCUUUUUUAGAUUGCCUGCCAUUAAUGCAGGAAGAAAGGCAGUUCCUUCUGUCAGUUACAUGAACUGUUUCAGGAAACACCCUACUGAAGUUCUAUAGGGGAAAGUCCUAAUAUUGACCCAUAAUCCUAAAUCCCAUAACUCUAAACUUGAGCUUUGGAGAUUGGCAGUUUGUAAACUUAUUUCCGUGUUUCUGUAGCUAUAUUGCGCACUCUUACUUAAAAUGAUAUAAAUUGAUAUAGACUAAAGAAUAUUUUAAAAUCCAUUUUUAUGCUUAACCAUAUCUUAUUUUAGGCUCUGUGCUAUGUUCAUUACAUAGAUACUCUUGUUUAAUCUUCAUACCACAACUGUAUUCUUAUAAAUCAGCAUAGGCUAAAAGAGAUCAGGUAAAAUACCCAAGGGUACACAGAAAAUAAGCAACAUGAGAGCAGAAGCCCUGUCUGGUUUGAUUUGGUUUGGUUUGGUUUGGUUUGGUUUUUCCCCAGAGCCU